AGAGUUUGGGCCGCGAGCAUCCGCCCGCUUCAUUACUCACUCUUCGCGGGCUCCUUCUUGAAGUUAGAGGUUCCCCGCACUGCCAUUGGAAGGGUAGACCGGAGCUUUAGAAACCAGAAGACGGACGGCGGGUAAACCUAACCUAGUGGCCCCGCAAAGUCAAACGGAAAGUUUCUCUUUCGCUGCUCAAAUACAGGAUUCAAAAAACAGUGAAGUAGAACUCCGAAGAAGUUAAUCCUUCAAUGGAACAGAUUUUGGGGCUGGGAUACGGGAACAUACCCGUCGACGAUGUGGCCGAUCAAAGAAACGCAACGCUGUCCUCGCCGUCCGGUUACAGAAUGGUGCCGUGGUUGAACUGGGGCGAGUGGGAGUCCGUCAAGGAUUCUCUCUUCUCUGACUCGCCUCACAAAGUUGCAUUUGCACUCCAUAGAAUAUCGACCUGGCGAAGUAGGGGAUGUCUACCUGUUGUCAUCGAUGUAACGGCUUCGAUAAUUGAAAUUCAGCAAAAGGAUCCUGUUUACAGAAAGGACCUUUCCGGUGAUGCUGCGCAUUCAGAGCAAAUGCUGGCCAUGCUAUAUUGCAUGGCUAUCUUGAGGCUGGUGAACUGUGUCAUUGAGAAGACACGUAAGAAGAAUGAUGCUUCUAUUGGCGAGGCUGCAGGUGCAAUUGGCAUACCUCGCACAUUGAUUGAUAUACGACAUGAGGGCUCUCACCGCAAUCUCCCUGCACUACCUUUGGUUCGAGAUUCUGCUGUUAAGGCGAUUGAGUGGUUGAAGUGGUACUACUGGCAGCCUCAGACGAUGCAGAUUCCAUCUCAAAGGGACGGAGCUAGCAUUAGAAAAGAAAUAAAAUCUAAGCUCCGUGAACUUGCUUCAUGGUCUAAAGUUAAGCAGAGUCCUGAUACCAGGACUUCUCCAUCACCUGGGAAAAAAGGUGGCAGAUAUCAUAAACAAUCUUGUGGCAGUUAUAAGAUUUUCUCAAUGGUGGUGGCCGGAAAGCUCCAUUCAUCCAAAUUUUGUGGUUCCAAGAAAACAGUUUCCAGGAUCCUUAAAUCCCUAGUUCAGUUAAAUUCAUCCUUCCCUUCAGAAGUACUUUCUGUACUACUAGAGUUAUUGCUGAAAGCUUUGGACUCCACAAAUUUGUUGGAGCUUCGAAAGGAAAUCAAAGUCGGUGAAAAAAGUUUACUGGAUGUUUGGAAGCUUAUGGUAACCAGAUUCUCAAAGAAAGAACCUGAGCUGCUUCUUACACUUACCAGAUCAGUCUUAAAUUUGAUUGAGAGUGAAGAAUCGAUGGACUCUAGAAUGGGGAUGGUUCCGUCAUCAACAGAGCAAGAAACGCAGCCUAGUCGAACCGAAGGACUCGGUUCAGUGUUUUUAUGGCUUAUAGGACAGCUCCAGGGACUAAAGGAGACUCUCUUCUCCAAAGACGCAAAAGCUGAGACCAAAAUCAAUUCAACGGGAAUGAGCAUGUCGAAUGCAAUUCUGAUGGGGAUCCUACGCAAAUGCCUCCUCGCCUCAUCUUGUGGCAACAAGCAGCUCAUGGAUGGGGCAAAGCUUCUUGCUGAGCUCACUGGAAAGAGCUCUUUAAUCGAGAAACUCAACAGGUUAAGUUCCCAUUAUUUAUCAGCAGCGGCCCCUGUUCCUGAAGAAACAGCCAGCGGUAGCCCAAAUCACGAAGAAUAUCUCCGUCAAGCUACUGAGAAGUUAAAGGAAGUGUUGCAACAACGUCGAAAUCAGGGACAACUGUUGAGUCCAACUGCUGGUGAAAAACCUGAUUCAGUCCGAUGGGUAGUUGCAAAGGGGUGGAACCCUUGCCCUAUAGGAAUGUUGCCCGGAGAUCUCGGUACAUCUGGCCGCCUUCCAGUCCUCGACAGUGAAGAUACAGGCAAGAAGUCUGCCAUGGUACCAGAGAGGGAUCAGACUCCGGAACUGAAAAAAGACAAUAACAGCACGAAACAAUCUGGUGCCAAUUUUCAAUCCUGGGACGAUCGAAGCCUAAAAAAGAGAGAAGCAAGUUGUCUACCGCAAAAGUCAGGUGCUAAAAAGAUGAGACACAGUAGUGAAGUGGAAGAUGAAGGAACUCCAGCUGUCCGGAGCUUGGACGGAUGCUUGCUGAUCGACGGUGCGUGGAAGAAAGUUGGGAAGGAAGAGCUUCUUGGUAUGAUGUCAGCAGUUAAAAUUUUGUUGUAACCCGAAGCAACAUCUUGCUCAAGCGCAUCCUUUUAAAUUAGAUCUGCAGUAGUUUUCUGAGAACAAAAUGUGGAUUACUUGAGUCACACUCAACAGGGUUUAGGGAUCGAGGAAUUGAAGCUAUCACAGGAAGCCAGCAGCGGCGAUCAUGAUGGUGGAGGAGUUCUUGCAGGGGUGACCCGAGAACACACAAUCGAUACAUGAAAGUGCGAAGCAGGCGGUGUCUGCGAGGAUUCUUUCAUGUGAUCUUCUCAGGUCGACCCCGUAAGAGUCCUCCACCAAAUAGGACUGGAUAAUCUGUGCUUACUUUGAUUUGGCUGGUUUCUUUCUGAGUUCUGACAUUUAUAAUGAUGCUUCAAUCUUCGAUUUGAAUACGGAGAUCAUGCACGUUCGAUCC